AUGUUCGACAAUUCACGAAAUUUGAUCAAUAACAGAAACAGCAAUGGGACUGUGUACUGGCAGGAAUUCAAACCCAGAGAGCACUACAUCAAGGGCACCGACUCUCUAACAUCUGACGGCAACGGCAAAGAUCCUCAAGGAAACGAGCAAGAAAACACCACUGAACACAGAGACACUGACGGUAUCGUCUCCCCCUUCAAGUCGACCACCUCGAAGAAGCGAUAUCGUUCGGAAGAUGACACUUCUCGACUCCGUUCCAAAAAUUCGGUGGCACUGUCUACCAGAGAGGGAGUCGCAACGGGAAACGAAGCGAUGAAUGAAGAAAAUGAAUCCAAGGCGCGUCGAGCUAUGCGAUUUCAGUGUGGUCGUUAUUUCCUGGAGAUGCUGCCCAGUGACGGCCUUCGCACACACUGUACGGGUGCUCUUGUCGCCAUUGGACGCGUACAAACCCCCGACUACGAUCCCUGUCUCUGCAAACCAGCUGCCACCUUCGAAGGGGAUGCCGAGUCGAAGCAGAGUAGUGUGACAGACGCGCUUUCCACGAUGCUUGUCGGGCUAGGUCAAUUCACUUUCAAUCAGCGGAGAAUGCAAGAAGAAUUCUGCGACGACAAGGCACUCACCGAUGACCCUAGGAUAUACUUGGACGACAGAUACGGCCACCCCAAGGAUAAGAAAAGUUCCGAUAGGACGGCUAUCUUAGUUGGGCUGAAGCUCAAACUCCAGGAUGAUAUAAAGGUUGAGGUCACCCUUGGCCGGAUUAUAUCACGCGCGCCUGGCAUUAUUGGUCGAAACACCUGCGUAAUCGAGGCAACAUCGGAGCACGAAGGGUGGAAAGGUAAAGAACUCAUCGUCAAGAUCAGCUGGCCGACCAUCGAUCGAGAAUCUGAGGCGUACUUGGUGCAGAAAGCUAGAAAUAAGGCGCGAACGAUGACGCACGGGAAGAAGCCAGACUGGGCCCUAGACCAUCUGCCCGACAUUCUCCUUUCUCAAGACUUUGACUACGACGCGGAUUCCACACAGGUCAAAUUCAUGGCUUUCUUCGAAAACGCCUUAUUGGUAAGGGAGAGGAAGGUCGAGUACGAGAAGCGCGUCUGUCGAGUCAUGGUCCAGGAGAAAUUGUAUCCUCUCGAGGAACUGAAAACGGUUAAAGGCCCAGGGAAUAUCAUGUGGCGCCGCAACGCCAAAGGCGACCUAUGCGGGGUCCUCAACGACUUCGACUUGUCCACUCUUCGAGAUACCACUGGCCCUUCUUCGCUUCAACGCACCGGAACUCUACCCUACAUGGCGUAUGAACUACUCAUCAACGACGAGAACGGAAACCCACCCCAACACCUCUAUCGGCACGACGUAGAAUCCAUUUUCUAUGUCAUUCUCCUGCUUUGUGUUCGUUACGAGGUCGUAAUUACACAAGAAUCUUCGACACCCGCCAUUGUGGAACGCAGGAAAGUCCGGUCGCAAUUCGAUGCUUGGUACAACGACAGCCAUGAUACUUUGAUGGACAAGAAAAAUGCUUUCUUCACGCCAAGGAGCUCAUUCUCUCCUCUGGUGAACAGCGGCUUCGCCGACUUUCAGCCAUGGGCGGACCAAAUUCACAAACGGUUCAUCGUGGGGUUCAGUGCUCUGAACCACUAUAUGAUAUUUCAGCCAUGCGAAAGAGCCACAGGACCCUUUGACGAAGAAACUCUGCAGGACUGGGUUUCUUACUCAGUCAUUGCCGAAAUCUGUAGCCAAUUCGCUGGUUCCGCUCUCGUUGUACACAAUGACCAGCUCGAAGAGGUUGCCAACAAUGCCUAG